AGAGUGGGAUGCAAAUAACGGCGUUUUGUCUAGCGUAUCUCAUCGCAAACGUAAUUUGUAAAAAGUUGACGGAGAAGGAAAACGAAGAAUUGCGGGAGAAUUGUGGAAAACUCAGACGAAGAGCAAGCUACAAGAUUCUUCAAGGACGACCUGUGGAACGAGAUGAAUACCCUUUCUUUGUUACUCUCAGAUAUCACAAAGGCUUGGGAGCAGAGCUCUGCGGAGGUUCGCUAAUUUCGCCAUAUCAUGUGCUCACAGCCGCCCACUGCAUUAUGGAAUCUGAACAUUUUGAUACCAAAAAAGUCCAAUGCGUAAAACCUCGAGAAUACAGAAAAUUCAAUUACACGUACUACACUCUUUUGAGCUCAUGGAGAAUAUACAUUGGGAGCGCCUGUCGUCUUAUUACGAAAUGCAGAGAAUCGAAGAAAAUUGACAGAAUAUACGUGCGAACUGACUACGAUAAAUGCUCUCAUGUACACGACAUUGCGAUAAUAACUCUCAGUAGUAAGAUUGAGAGAGACGAAGGUAUUCCAAUCUGCCUUCCUCAAAGAAAACAACUUCUUCGACUGAUCAUGGAGGCCGUAGGAUCUGGCAUAGACCCAUCUCGGAGAAAUAUAUGGAGUGGCGGAAUUCAAAAGACGUAUUUGUUCAGAUCAAAUGAAAAGGAUUUUAUCAUUGAAACAGUGGACAAAGUCUCUGCUCUGUGUUCUGGCGACAGCGGAGGUCCAUUGUUUUCAUCCUACAAGGAUCGGUUUGUUCAGCUUGGAAUAGCUUCUUCAGUAAAACCGCCGUGCAGUGAGUCCAACGGCUACUUGGAAAAUCGCUACGUUGACGUGCGCAUGUAUCUUGACUGGAUUUGUACGCAUACUGGAAUCUGUCCAAAAAAAGAUGUCGACGAGGAUGAAGAUGACGACUAG